AUGGUUCAAAAUCCCGACUACAAAAUGCUUCACCUAAAAAAAAUACUUUCAACAGAACUUGGACUAGGCCAAUCAACAAUUUAUAAUACCAUCCUUGAGUACCGACAAACAAAAACCGUUUCUUCGCCAAACAAAAGAAAAAUUAGGAAGAACAUAACAGAAAAAAUUGAUGAAUUUGAAAAAUAUGCCAUUAAAAGGAAGAUCCAUCAAUUUUGGCACAACCGUGAUAUGCCUACGCUGGACAAGGUUCUCCUUGCCGUAAAUGAAGAAGAGCAUCUACCAAACUUCUCUCGUACAUCGCUCUUUAGAUUGUUAAAAUCUAUGGAUUUCGUCUACGUCAAGCGAGGACGUCAUAGUGCCUUAAUCGAAAGGAUGGAUAUUAUUAUAUGGAGGAGAGACUACCUUAGACAGAUCAAACAAUAUCGGGAAGAGGGUCGGCCCAUUUACUAUUUAGAUGAAACUUGGGUGAACGCCGGAGACGUAAAUAGUAAAGUGUGGUUCGACAAAACUGUGACAUCAGCUCGAAUGGCAUCUUCUGAGGGACUAUCAACCGGUGCAGUAAAUCCUACCAGCAAGGGUAAACGAUUGAUUGUUUGCCACAUCGGUUCCCAAGAUGGAUUUGUUCCCGGAGGUCUCCUGUGCUUCGAGUCAAAAAAAAAUACCCAAGACUAUCAUGAUGAGAUGAACGGGGACUCUUUUCGUGAUUGGUUGGAAAGUAUUUUGCCCAGACUCGAAGACAACGCCGUCAUCGUGAUGGACAACGCUCCUUACCACUCGGUAAAAUCAGAGAAAUUCCCAACUACAAAUUGGAGAAAAAAUCAAAUUAUCGAGUGGCUUCAGAGUAAAGGCCAGGUAGUUGAUGGGACAAUGGUUAUCGCAGAGUUGUUAGGGCAAGUAAAAAAAAUAAAACCAAUGUACAACACAUAUGUAAUUGAUGAGAUGGUCAAGGCUGACAACAAAAUUGUGCUCAGGUUACCUCCUUACCAUUGCGAGCUAAACCCCAUUGAGCUCGCAUGGGCUGCGGUAAAAAAAUAUGUCAGGGAUAAUAAUAAAACGUUUAAGCUGCAGGACGUCAAACAAUUAUUAAUUGAAGGAGUGGACAGAGUUGGUCCUGAAAUGUGGAAAAAUUUCAUUGGUCAUGUCGUCCAAGAAGAACAAAAAGCCUGGCGGUUGGAUGAAAUGGUCGAUGAUUCCCUAACAGCAGAAAACCAAGCAUGCGUUUUGACCAUAGGCAACGACUCGGACGACGAAGACGAAGACGAAGACUUCAGAUAUUUGUCAGAUUCUGAUUAA